AUGUUCGGCAUCAAAGACGAUACCGUCUUCGAAGAGUUUGAGGAAGAGGAAUUGCGAAACCCGUGCCCCAGGAAAGAGGUUGAAGGAAGAUGGAUCUAUACGUCCCGGGAACUUAGGCGUCCUAAACGUUACGGCCCUCCAGUGCUCUGUGAUUUCGGCUCUACGGUCAGCGGUGAGAAAGAACGCCUGGGAGACGUUCAGCCGGACAUUUAUCGGUCGCCGGAGGUGAUUCUCCAAGCACCGUGGCAGUACAAGAUUGAUAUCUGGAACGCGGGCUGCUUGAUCUGGGACAUUUUUGAAGGCGGGCAUUUAUUCUAUGGAACGGACCCCGAGCAUAAGUACCGGAGUCGGGCGCAUCUUGCCGAGAUAAUGGCGCUACUGGGCCCACCUCCGCCGAAGCUACUUGCCGGUGGCACAAUAACCGGGAAAUUCUUCGCAGAGGACGGAACAUUCCAAGUCGGAAUCGAUCCACCGCCAUCGGUCUCUCUCGAAGAGCUGGAGACCAACCUGGAAGGAGCCGAGAAGGAAAGGUUCAUGAUGCUGAUGAGGAAGAUGUUGCAGUGGUUGCCGCAAAAUCGUAGCACGGCAAAGGAGCUGGCGGAUGACCCUUGGAUCAACGGAAUACUUGGUGGUUGA